UUCAACUUACCGUAACUCUGCAACGGUUUGCGCUAUCAGAAAAAUUCAAACUGUCUUUGAAAGAAAAUAAAUUGCACUUUCAGACCUGCAUAGUGUUAUUACGGUAAUUGACUUCCCGCCGCUCCAGGAUGCCCGCGAAUGCUAGUCUGUGUCUCCCUCUGCUUCACGGACGAAGAGUGCAGAGUGAGGAGGAAAAGAUGAGCGACAGAGCGGAGAGCCAGAGUGAAGCGUAUGAUAAUAGGAGUAACAAACGUCCUUCAAGAGAUAAAAAGAGACCGAGGAGAUUCCUGGAUGGUUUUGUGUUUGAAAAAGGAGAUCCAGUUUUUUCUUCUGAAGAAAGAACAUUUUCUGAUGAAGAGCAGCUGGCUCCAAGGGGGCGAAGUAGAAGAGACAGAAUUCCUUCUGGAGGGUCUGCUGGAGGUCCUUCUGGAGGGUCUGCUGGGGUCCAUGCUGGGAGUAUGAGGCACCGCAGCCGUUCCCCACAUCAUCCAAGGUGGAAGACCCAUGAAGAGCCUGAUGAGAAAGGCUUUCAACCCCUAAGGUUCUUCCCCAAAAGAAUCCCUGGUGUUCAACCCCCUCUAAAUGUAGGAAAUCCACAACCAGGCGAAAUUUUUGAGUACUUUUUUGACAAUGAAGUCCUCACAUUAGUUUGUGAUUUUACAAACAAGGGGGCAGCCAGGAACCUGGAGAAAGGGAGGAAGUUCUCCUGGACUGAAAUGCAGAGAGGGGAAAAUCGCCUGUAAAUAGUUUUAAUUGUUAGUCUGUUUCUUAUUUGUAAAAAUAAUUGAGAAUGAAAAAAAUAUUGUAAAUAUGUUCUAUAGUGUUGAAAUUGUCAAUUUGUGAUGCAAAAUCUGUACUUCAUGUUCAAAUGCAGUGUUUUAUUUGCAUAAAAUCUCCAAAAUCUAA